AUGGAAAAUAAAUAAGCAGAAGUCAAUUAUAGUGAUUUCGGCUUAUCUACUUAGAUUCCAGUUAAUAAAGACUCAAUACAAACUAUAGAACACAUAGGAAAUUUAGGAUAUUCAGCACCUGAAAUGUUAAAUAAAAAUGAUAAUGAACUGAUAUUUUAUACAAAAAAAUAGGAUUAUUGCUGGCUUUAUUAGGUAAUUAUUAAGAUCUGA